AUGCUGACAAUUAUUACUAUGAGGGUGGGCCAGGGAGCUAUCCUCAUCAUCAGACCAAUUUCGGGGAGCAUGACGACCGAUUACUAUGAUGAUGAAUAUUCGGCAUGGGAUGCUAGUCGGUCAGUCCAUCGUCGUGGAUGGCACAGCAGCAGUGAUGAGUUCCGACGGCCAGGGGAAGACUCUGAUAGCGAUCUCGGCGAUGGUCUUGGUCUGCGGAAGCGCUGGAAAGAUACUGACAAUCCUGAAUCGAUGACUGUGGGACAGAUGGCGUCGCUGUAUCUCAUGCGAGAGGCUAAGAAACGCUAUGAACCGAUUGAACUCUUGUUGUUCAUCGAGACAAACCUCGGAGUUCUCGAUUGA